AUGAACCGUCUCGCUCAACCAGUCGGCAGAUCUGUUGUCAAAUCUUUCCAACGCAACUCGUCCGGACCAUUCUACGGAUCCAACAACGUUGAUGGAUUCAAAGAUACAUUGACCCACACUUUGAAGGCUUCAAACAGUAUGUUUUUAAGCCAUUACUAUUGAAAGUUUUAGUGAAUCUUGAGCAUUUUUUGAUCAUUUUCAGACAUAUAGUGUUUCUCCUCAUUUCUCGGAUAAUCUUUUUCAUAAACAAAAAUUUUUCAGCCACCCAAGAAACUUGGCGCAAAAUCUUCUACAUCGCUUCUCUUCCAUGUUUGGCUCUUACCAUGUAUGCCGCUUUCGCUGAUCACAAGAAGCACUUGUCCCACGGACGCCCAGAAUAUGUUGAAUACGCUUUCUUGAAUGUCCGCAACAAGGUUCGUGAUUUUUCUAGUGGGAUCAGGGUCAUGAAAAAAAGAUAUAAAUAGUUUCGGAAUAAUCUAUGGUUGAAUAUUUUUCUCUAUGGAAAAAUAUGAAAUCUUAAAAUUUGAAUAAAGUUUAUCUUCAAAACAUCAAAUAAUCUAUUUUUCAGCCAUUCCCAUGGGGAGACGGAAACCACUCAUUGUUCCACAACAAGUCUGAACAAUUCGUUCCAGGAGUCGGAUUCGAAGCCGAACGCGAAUCGCACCAUUAA